ACGUUAGCACCCACCUGGAAUCCAACGAGCAGGAAAUAUGACCGUUACAAAAUCUGAAACUCCCACCCUUCCAAAAUCAAAAAACAAAAGGCAGGCGUUUUUUAAAUUCAGCAAUAAUGGCAUUAGAUUUUUUCCCAAAUCUAACGCAAUAAAGUCUCCCCUUCUCACGCUCGACAUUCAGCAAUGCUUUAACACAUUUUUCCAAUCUUAUUCAUCUCGCUGCCUUCAAUCAUUCAAUGUCAGAGAGAGAAGGAAUGGCGAAGAAAGGUGCAGAAGAGGCGAAAAGCGAGGUUUUGCAGGUGGUGGAUGAAGCAGGAAGAAACCUAGAUUGCGCGAAUCAGUUAGAGCCUCAAAUUCAAACACAGCAGCAUCCGUACGCGUUUCAUGUAUCUGGACCGCGCAAUGUUCCUUCCAUAAACUGGAGAGAUCUGAUCAACUCCACCUGGAAGGAUGGGAAAUACAAAAGGACAGUAAUUGCUUGCUUCAUACAAGCAGUUUACUUGCUUGAACUGGACAGGCAAGAAAGCAGAAGCGAUGAGACCUGUCUUGCCCCUAAGUGGUGGAUACCUUUCAAGUACAAACUGGUCGAAACCCUCAUAGACGAGAGAGAUGGAUCAAUAUUCGGGGCGAUACUAGAAUGGGAUCGAGCAGCUGCUUUGGCAGAUUUUGUGCUUCUGAGGCCUAAAGGUGCACCGAGGGCUGUUCUGGUGCUGAGGGGGACUCUGCUCAAGAGCCCCACAAUUAGGCGCGACAUAGAGGAUGAUCUCCGUUUCUUGGCUUGGGAGAGCCUCAAGGGAUCGGUGAGAUUCAGCUGUGCAUUCAAGGCAUUGAGAUCCAUCUCGGAUAAGUAUGGGAGCAGCAAUGUGUGUAUUGCAGGCCACUCUUUAGGUGCUGGCUUUGCUCUCCAAGUCGGGAAAGCUCUAGCCAAAGAAGGGGUGUUUGUGGAGGCGCAUCUGUUCAAUCCUCCAUCGCUGUCACUAGCUUCGAGCCUGAGAAACAUGGGGGAGAAGGCAGGGAUGAUGUGGAAGAGGGUCAGAUCAAUGCUGCCUUCGAGUAUGGCUGAUGAUGGCGUGGAGGAGGCGACCUCAUCGGUCACGUUGGGAUCAAAGCAGUGGGUGCCUCAUUUGUAUGUGAACAACAGUGACUACAUCUGCUGCUACUAUAGUGAUCAAGUUGGGGCAGAGGAUAGUAGUGACAAGGAGAAUGCCAAGCCACCGGAGACGAGCUCACCCUGCGCGGCUAAGCUCUUCGUGUUCUCAAAGGGGAAGCAGAAGUUUCUGGAAGCGCAUGGUUUGGAGCAGUGGUGGUCGGAUGAUUUGGAGCUUCAAAUGGCUGUUAGCAACAGUAAGCUGAUCAGCAGGCAGCUUAAGUCCUUGUACAGCGUCCCACCGCCAACGCAGCAGUCGCCGGCCAAAAAACCGGCGGUCCCGACGACCGCCGUGAAACUGUGAUUAACUUUUUUUUUUUAUUUUCAAGAAUUUGAUCAUACAAGCUCAAGUUCCUCAAAGGGAACUGAGAAAUGAAAAGUUGUGUUGCAUGAUCUGAUGAUUAUCACACAUUGUUUUUUCUGGUUAUUUGUGUAACAAUAGUUUAUUCGUUUCAUUAUAUAAAUUCCUUUUUCUUUUUA